AUGCCUGCAAAGGGUACCCUAGAGGCCGAGGUUUGUCGUGCAUCUCCCGAGAUUGCGCCAUCAAGUUGUCGACUAUGUCGAUUCACCGUGAGCACUGAAAAGGAGUUCAGGCUUCAUUUUGAACUGGAUCAUAAAAACCCCGCCAGUUCCGGGCAGAUGGGUUGUAGCGCUUGUGGUCGCGUAUUUUUUGGGCCUGGAAGCAAAAUUGAUGUAAUUGGCCAUCUGAAGACCGCCCAUGAACCAGGUAUGAGCAGUCCUGUCGUCUGUCCGAAUGCAUCAACGAACAUGUAUGGCGAACUUAAUGCCACCGAAGACGCUGCGCAUUCGAGUUGCAGUGGCUGUUUAGCUCGAUUUACAUCGCCCCGCCUGCGGCAAAGUCACUUGGAGGCAGCCUCGUCUUUUGUAUCUGAUGUGGCAUUCGGUUGGGCCUGUCCCCUAACUGAAUGGCCUUCAGAAGUCGCUGAUGCAUUGGGUGGACCUGAGGAGGGAGCUGCUAUUGCCCGAGCCUUAGAUACCGAUCUAGAUGUCCUGCGCACUGAGCUGGCUGCUGAGCGUGCUCAUCAAUUGGUUUUGGCUUAUUGUUGUCCCAAUUGUGCACGCAUGUUUGUCGGCGAAUCAGCAACACAGCGGUGA